GGUCCGCACUUGGCCAACUCAAGCACACAAUUCCAUUUGUCGCGCCUCGCCCACGACCACCUCAAGCUACCAUGGGCAACAACAACUCGUCGCCGCCGCCGCCGCCCCCGACUGCCCCGCCGACACCGGCGCUGUCUAUGUCCCCCGGCGCGACGCUAUUGACCGACAGUGUCGGCGAAAACGGCGCGCUGACGCUCAACUGCGGCAGCUCCAUGCUUGAGAUUUCGCGCGUCAUCUUUGCCUCGUACGGCCUGCCCAACGGGUCGGGACUCGGUGCCAAGUUCGGCGCGUGCUACGCCGGCUCGUCGCAAAGCGUCGUCACCAACAAGUGCGUUGGCAAGCAGUCGUGCUCGGUCGCAGCCAGCAACAGUGUGUUUGGCGACCCGUGCGUGGGCACUGUCAAGCGCCUCACGGUGACGGCCGAGUGCACGGCUGUCCCCUCGUACCAGACGUAUGCAAGCGUGGCGGAGCACCAAACGCUCAAGCUGCAGUGCGCCAACGGCUACGUCAUUACCAAGGUGGACUAUGCUUCGUACGGCAAGCCCAACGGCUACACGAACGGGUGGUGCCACGCCGGGUCGAGUGUCGACGUCUUGACCAAGCUCUGUGUGGGCCAGGCCUCAUGCAACGUGCCGGCGGAGAACUGCAUCUUUACGGAUCCGUGCGUGGGCACGUUCAAGGAUUUGGCGGCCAAGGUCACGUGUGGUCUGGGCACGGCGCCGCAAGCCAUCUCGACGCCGUUCAUCGUCCCGAGCUGCAACACGCCCUAGUCGGACGGUCCAAUUGUCGGUCGGGUCGACCAUGUUCGUUGGCAUCGUCCGCAGAGUCGUAUCGUCAAUAACUCGUGCAAACACUAAUUGUAUCUCGUGCAAGUUGCAAAACGUGUGGUUUAUGC